AUGUGUCAGUGUCACCGCUUCGCCUCGUGCUUCGAGCAAACGUGCACGUACCACAUCUUCAAUAGGCUCUACCAAUCCAACUUCCGACCCAACACCUACUACGUCUUCCUCUUUCACUACCUCUCCGAUCGUCUCUCCGUCAACCUCGGCCUCAAACCAGCCACCUUCCCCGCCCGUAUCGAUCCGCUCCUCAUCGAAUUGUGCAUUAGUCUUCUCGAACGACUUGUCGAACAAUCGGAGAGAGAACAAAACUACCUUCUGCAACAGUUUCUGUAUUUCGAUGCUCUAAACAGUCCGUACCUAUCCGAAUGGUUCAAAGAGGCACAUUUGCUGCAGACGUACUGCAAAAACAGACUUCUGAACGUUCAGUGGGAUAUGGAGGCGGAGCUUGCAAGGGAAGUGCGUAGGCGGUGCGCGUCGGAGAAGCGGAACGAGGAGAGGAGAACGGAACAGUUUGCAAAGACGUUGAACACCUUCUGGUUGGUCGAUUUCGAGUUUGACAGGGAGCUCGCCGAAUUGUACAAAACUCGAAUUCUGUGA